AACGAGAAAAAGGCAAUACUCACCAGUUUACAGCCCAGUACAAAUUACACGAUCUGGGUGGUUGCCUCAGCUGGAAAUAAGCCAGGAGAAAUGUCUAAUACAACAACCAUCACCACCUGUACGUUUUGUUAAAACAUGUAACUCUUAGCCUACGCCACAGACGAAACUAAACUCUGGUGAAAGCCGUCUGCAAAACAGCUAGGAAAUCCUUGUUUUAGGCCCCAACCUGUGUACCAGGAUUUGAGUACACACCAUGAUUGGCCUUUUAAAAAAGCCAUUGUCAGUUUGCCAAUCAGGUUGAAAGGGAAUUCGAAGUGCACUUCCGGUAAUUCGUUGAGUCCGUUAGGGGCCCCAGAACAAGGAUUUCGGCACUAUUUCGCAGACGUUACUUACCGAGGUUAAAUUACGUCUGCGACGUAAGCUAGGUAACUCUUUGCCUCACGCCUUUUCAACUAAACAUACCUUUUGACAUCCUCCACGACGUAGGGACGGAGUAACGAGUGAAGUGGUUGACCUAAGACUUUUCCUCGCCACUUAGUACUCUGCACAGGAUUAAAUUCCUGCAAACAGGGACCCGGUGCCUACCUUGUACUCGGGCACCUGGCACCGUGCCCGACUGCCUCCACCUCAGGCGCUUCUUUUUUCGCACAGAGAUGAGCGUAAAACGCGAGUGUUACGCAAAUGACUGGUGACGAAGCGCAAGGGACAAUGGGAAGGAGAAAGAAAGAAUUCUCGCACGUUUUCUCCUUCCCGCCUUCUUUUGCGCGCAAAAAUUCAUCGAAAGAGUACUAGUUCUGGUUGCGAGGCAGGAAUUCUUGGGUGGGUACUUGAAAAACGGCCGUUUUUUCACAGUAAUGUCCAACGAGUUAAUUCCGUACUUAGGCACCCUGAGUGUGAACGCAAUGCCAGAUUCGAGCAGUGAUUUUGAACGAUAGUCGUCACUAUCAUUGCCAUAUUGCCCAAGUACGCCAUAAUAAAUUAAUGACGGUGCACAAUACCUCCGUCUGCUUUAACGGAUUUAUGCAUUUAUCUUAGAUGAGCACGAGUGUGUUUCAAGUCCCUGUCAUCAUAAUAGUCAGUGCAAACUAGUCGGUGACUCUUUCGAGUGUGUUUGUCCAGAGGGAUGGGAAGGAAAGGACUGUAAAAGUAAGUGAUGAUAAAAUUCCAUUAAAAGUUGAUGAUGAUUGUGAUGAUAAUGAUGAUGAUGAUGAUUAUGAUGAUAAUGAUGUUGAUGAUGAUGAUUAUGAUUAUGUUGAUGAUGAUGACGAUGUCGUUAUUGUUGAUGAUGAUGAUGUUGAUGAUGAUGAUGAUGAUGAUAAUGUUAUAAUGUUAGUAUUUGUUAUCUGAGAAAUUUCAAUUUGAUUAGUCUAUAGCAGUUGUAUUUCAGCCAGGCGCCUAUAUUUCAGCUCAAUUUGGAAUACUGCCACGUCGUGAAGUUAACAGGAAGCUUGUGUAAUAACGACAGCGACAAGGGUAAAAACAUCACCAAAAAUGUGAACAAUUGUAUCUUUGAAACUUCAUCGUGAUUAUUCCAACUCGCCCACUUGGCCUGCAAAAACUCCUGGAGUUGAAUUCCGUAUCCACGUCCAGAGACAGUGCAAUUUUACAUCGUAGUCAUGUAGAAACGGCAAAGCAAUGAACAAAAAGUGUGGUACACGGGCCGAGUUGCUAGAUCUUCUUCCUUUAGUAGUAUCUGCGCGCGACUUAAGUGUUGGUAUUGUUGUAUUAUUUUUCAGAGCCGAAGAAAUACUCAGUCUACCCUACAAGCUGUCUGAAUUUUGAUGGAUAUAUCUCCUUUGAGAGCAACCUAACUUUGUUUUCCUGUUUUGAGAGGUGCAACAAGGAUUCCAGGUAA